GGGCAAUACAAGAGUGAAAUAGAAUUGGGAAAGGGCAAGGCAACCCAUUAACCCAGUGGUAUAAAUCAGGAGGCGCCUCUUGUUUGUUGCUGGCAAAUUGAAGAAUUGAUAGGGUAGAUGGAGGGUAUGAAGAAUAACAAGGGUGAAAUCGAUGAGAUAAGGCGCGAUUUGAAGAAAAACCUGGAUCUGCAAGAUCUGAAUCACCGCUAUUUGACACAAGAGGAAAUUGAUGAUGGUUAUGAGAUUUUGGUUGAUGAUCGUCCCCGUGUCCCUUCCCCCCCGCCUAAGGUCUCCGAAUAUAAAAAACCACCUAAAGAAAAAAAGGUUGAUGAUGAUGAUCAUGAUGAUGAAGAUGCUGCUCUCAAAGAAUAUGGUGACGUGGAUGACUUGUUGAAGCUCCGCUUAAAAGGCCUAAACCGGAUUAAGUCCACCGUUGAUUGAUUAAGUCUAUCGUUGAUUGUACGAAUACCUGCUAAACCUCUACUUUGUCAUAUUUUAUUAGAAUUUCGAUGUCAUCGGUGAUAACUAAUUAUUCUACUUUUACUAUGCUUUUGUUUCGUAUCAUGAUGGAACUAUAUCCGUUUAUGCUUUACUUGUCACAAGUAUGUUGUUGAUUGUUCAA